GCUCCCCUCGGUUUGGGCUUUUGCAACUGGCGCCGGGCUUGCCUUUUUUUUUUUUUUUUCCCUCUCCCCUCCCCUGAGUCUGUCUGUCCUUCUUUUAGGUCGCUCCACCCCUCAGGCGAGGGGGAACGGGCCGGGCUGCGUCGGCCAACUCGCGCCGAGCGCGCGUGCGAACUCCCGGAGCUGCGUCCCGCGCCCGGCCUCCUCCCUGCGGGGCGCGCGCUCCCCGCUCCCCGGGCCCGCGGCCUCCCCCGCAGCCCUUCCCCACUUUUCCCCCCUUUGGCAAUCACAUGGCAUUUUAAGAAUGCCGGAAAGAUGGCGGUAGCGGCGGCGGCGGCGGCGGCGGCGGGGCCGAGCGGCGGGGGAGGCGGCCGGGCGCAGCGGAGCGGGCUGCUGGAAGUUUUGGUGCGGGAUCGCUGGCACAAAGUUCUGGUGAACUUGAGCGAGGACGCCCUGGUUCUGAGCUGCGAGGAGGGCGCCGCGGCGUACAACGGCAUCGGCACCUCCACCAAUGGCUCGUUCUGCAGGGGCGCCGGCGGCGUGCAGCCCCCGGACUCGCCCGCCGGGGUCCGCACCGCCUUCACCGACCUGCCGGAGCAGGUGCCCGAGUCCAUCUCCAACCAGAAGCGCGGCGUGAAGGUGCUGAAGCAGGAGCUGGGCGGGCUGGGCAUCAGCAUCAAGGGGGGCAAGGAGAACAAGAUGCCCAUCCUCAUCAGCAAGAUCUUCAAGGGGCUGGCGGCGGACCAGACCCAAGCCCUGUACGUGGGCGACGCCAUCCUGUCCGUGAACGGGGCCGACCUGCGGGACGCCACCCACGACGAGGCGGUGCAGGCGCUCAAGCGCGCGGGCAAGGAGGUGCUGCUGGAAGUGAAAUACAUGCGAGAAGCCACCCCCUAUGUGAAGAAGGGCUCCCCGGUGUCGGAGAUCGGCUGGGAAACGCCUCCGCCCGAAUCCCCUCGCCUCGGGGCCGGGGCCUCCGACGCCCUGUCGGCCGCCCAGCCCUGCUCCUUCCACAGAGAUCGGAAGAACAUCCCCCUCAAGAUGUGCUUUGUCACCCGGAGUCUGGCCUCUGCUGACCCUGAGAACAGGCAGCUUGAAAUCCACUCUCCAGAUGCAAAGCACACGGUGAUCCUAAGGAGCAAGGACUCCGCCACCGCCCAGGCCUGGUUCAGUGCCAUCCAUUCCAACGUUAGUGACCUGCUGACCCAAGUGAUCGCGGAGGUCAGAGAGCAGCUGGGGAAAACGGGCAUUGCUGGGAGCCGAGAUAUCAGGCAUCUCGGCUGGCUUGCAGAUAAGGUGCCCGGGGAGAGCGAGAAGCAGUGGAAGCCAGCCCUGGUGGUGCUGACCGAGAAGGACCUUCUAAUCUAUGACAGCAUGCCGCGGAGGAAGGAAGCCUGGUUCAGCCCAGUUCACACGUACCCUCUUCUUGCCACCAGGCUGGUCCAUUCAGGUCCGGGCAAAGGCUCGCCCCAGGCUGGUGUGGAUCUGUCCUUCGCGACGCGAACGGGCACCAGGCAGGGGAUUGAAACGCACCUGUUCAGGGCCGAGACCAGCAGGGACCUCUCCCACUGGACGAGGACCAUCGUGCAGGGCUGCCACAACUCGGCGGAACUGGUCACCGAAGUCACCACAGCUUGCACCUACAAAAACCAGGAGUGCCGCCUGACCGUACAUUAUGAGAACGGAUUUUCCAUUACCACUGAGCCACAGGAGGGUUCCUUUCCCAAGACAAUCAUCCAGUCUCCCUAUGAAAAGCUGAAAAUGUCUUCAGACGAUGGAAUCAGGAUGCUGUAUCUAGAUUUUGGAGGCAAGGAUGGAGAGAUUCAACUGGACCUUCAUUCCUGCCCCAAGCCAAUUGUUUUCAUCAUUCACUCCUUCCUGUCGGCGAAGAUCACAAGAUUGGGCUUGGUGGCCUGAACCAAGGGGGGAUUUGCCUUCGAGAAAAGGAGGGCGGCUGCGCCCCCGGCGGGUGCCAUCAGACACCAUGAACGGCACACCAGGUGUGGCAUACCAUGGUCGGCUUUGGAUCCCCGAGUCCUCUCCACUGCCCCAGACUUCUCUAUCCGCUUCGCCAACAAUAGGGGUGUGGGAGGGGAGGGCGAGAAAACACCACAAGGAAUAUCAGAAGAAAAGUGGCUUUCUAGAACAGUAGAAGGGUAACAAGGUGAGGGCGAAUGGGAAUAAAUACACAACCUGGUUUUGAACUAAUGACAGUCAAGGCUAUCAUGACCAUGAGAACUCGUCUACCAGUCCUAGGCAACUGGUUCACCCAGCUAAGCAAGAACUCCGUGGAUGAAGAAUGGACAUUUCACCUCUCUGUCCCCAGUGACAGUGAUCUUUUGUUUUAUUGUGAUUUACUGCCUCCUUCCAAUUGAGUUGACUUUCGCUUGUAAUGAAAGAGCAGUGCUUCAAAGGGAAACCCACCUUUUCAAUUUUAAGUAUGAAGCGGCUAUAAUUCUCUUCCUAAUGACUUACCUUUCAGUGACGUGGAAUGACCCUGCGGUAUUCUCAUUAGCGUAUGCUGAGUGGGAAUUAAAUAAAGCCUCAGCUACUGAUCUGAGCUGGAAGCUGGUGGAAUCUGAGCCGAAGUAGACUGUUUAUGUCGCAAAGCUUUGCGGUGCAGAAAGGUGGUGUGCCUGAGAAGUGGUUCAGCGGGGGACUGCACUCAGACCAACACGUGCUGUCUCCGAGCCAAGAUGGAUAGCUUUACUUAGAGAAAGGAAAUUACGGAUAUUUUUUUAAAAGAUUGUCACUUGAGAUAUAUGUGGCAUAUAUAUCUCAUAUAUAUAACAUAUUAUAUAUAUACAUAUAUAUAUAAACAAUUCACAUGAGGUUAACUAAUUAUCCCCAUUUUGUGGUUUUCAGCAGAAGUACUGAGCAGUUGAUUGACCCUUGUUUCUGCCUGUGCUCGCGUGCAUGUGUUUUCAGACCAGUCCUAGAGUAGCCUCAUAGAAUUCUGACAGCUUCCACAGCUCUUGGGAAUUGCAGGGAAAUAAUAUAAUGACCUGGUAUUUUUCUACAAGAAUAUUUUCAGACAACAUAGAGUGUAUUGCUGAUUUAAUGCUUUUAUUUUUACCUUUCAAUUCAAAUUCACUCAAAAGACACCUGUAUUAUUUGAUUUUGGAGUCGCCUUCCUCGAACUUAAAAAUUAGCUCUAGAGUUUCUGUAAGCAUUUGUAACUCUCCUUUUCCCUUGUACUUUACGUAAACGAAUGCUCUGGAUUCGAUCUGUGUGUUUUUUCAGAAUUGUCUUUCAGCAACUACCUAUGCAAAGAGCUUUUAAAGUCAAAACUGUUUUAAAGGAAUGUAAUUUUGCCCACGGAGACCCAUACAUUUAUUGAGUUACAAAGCAGCAUCCAAAGUGUGUAUCAAGUAAUACUAGUUCCAAAGGGCAUUGACUGAGUGGUGUUUUGUUGUGUUUUGUUGGGGAAGGGGGGCAGUGAGAAUAAGAGGUUUGAUGAUCAAAAAUGUGUUGAAUAGGGGCGCCUGGAAAGUGAAACAGAUAUCAUGACUGUGGGCCUCCUCAAAAACGUCAGUGUAUACAUUGUGAUUCUUCAAGGGGGGACCCCCUGUACCAUUCCUACACUUUAAAGCUUACAGAGCUCCUUUCUGACAGCAUUUUGGGAAGCAAGUGUUUUAAAACAAACAAACAAACGAACCAGGGGUGCCUGGCUGGCUCAGUCAGUAGAACAUAUGACUCUUGAUCUCGGGGUCUUCCGUUCAAGCCCCAUGUUGGGUGUAGAGAUUACUUAAAUAAAAUAAAAUACAAAAAACACUUUGGGAAACACAGCUUUAGGUCACUGAUUAUUUUUUUUUCCGUUUCCCAUUUUAAAAUGCUCAAGAGUGAAGUCCCACCUGAAUAUUAUAGGGAAGCUUUGAUUCGUUUGUGAAUUAGACUGCACUCUUUCAUUACGUAUUUUCGAAGUCACUGGAAUGUUGUCAUACGAGAAUUAUGCAUUGUAAAUAACAUUAAAAUACAUAUAUUAAGGCCAAUAGUUCAACAAUAUGUAAUCUGAGGUGCUCAGUACUAUAGGAAGUAUGAGUUAAUUACUCAUAAUUAAAUUGCAAAGAUCCUAUUCUAUAUUUAUAGAUGAAUUAAAAUGAUCAUAAUUACAAAUAUUUCUUCAUCACUUGAGUUUUAGACUGAUUAAUAUCUGGGUGGGGGUCAACAAAUUACAUUCUCUGCAUUUAUAAAAACUUAAUUUAAAUAUUUAUAUUUUAGAAAAAAAUACAUUUGAAUAAAUAAAUGCAUUUUCUGAAUUAAAAUGUACUAGCAAGAAGUAGACGAUUUUACUAAGAGAAUUAUGUAUAUGAAUCCUUGUUUUUUCCUUCAAAGUUAAGUGUGUCAUAUCAGAGUGGCUAUGGUGAAUUGAUUUCAAAUACUCAUUUUUCCUUGUUUCUGAAUUGAAGAAAGUACAUAAUGAUUUUACACUGUAAAUUUUAAUCUUGUCUUGAUGUGUGUUUGAAUGUUGUGAAUGACACACAAUCAGACGUCUGGAUCAUGCUUGGGUAGAGUUGGAGAAUUUGUUUUUGGCCAAUCUGCUCUGUGUUUAAUCCGUUUCUUAUUGGUAUCAAUGAAUUAUUAAAUUCACAUAUGUCCCUUUAAGGGCCAACCAAUACUAAUGACUGAUGUUUCAGCUGUCCUUGUGGGAAGCCACCCAUUUGCUCUUGGUGAGGUUCAGGGAGCUCUGAGCAUCCCAGGGAUUUAAAGAAGGCCAAUAGAAAUAUAGUUACCAAUCUCCUUCCUGACUUGAACUAAGUAGAAGAAAAAAACCAUAAACCUCUUAAAAACACCUAGGUAGGGCGUUUAAUUAAUUCUUUCAAUUGAUAUAAUUAAAAUGCUAAAAAAUGCAUUCGCCUGAAAUUAAUGAGAAGCUUUUCUGGCCUGCCUUUUACAAAUACGAGGUAUUCCAUCUUGAGGGGAUUGGAGUGGACAGGGGUGAGGGAGUAAUUUUUGAAUGUACAUGGAGUUAAAAAAAAAAUGUGCCUAUGUUUAUAGCACCAUGGAUGUCAUGUAAAAUUUAUAUAUGAAUUAAAUAAAUAUUCACCUCUGAA